AGUGAAUAUUUAGGCCUAUCUGAUUUUUGAAUAGAUUUUGGUGACAGAAUGGGAGACGAAGAUUGGGAUGAAGAAAUUUCAACUGGCGUAGUUCCUAUCAGGGAAAUAAAAAGUUUUACUUUAGAAGAAUCUUUUUCUAAACAUCAAAGUGAUCAUAAAAAUCAACCUGCUUUUCAAAAUGGCUCAAGUUCAUAUCAUGGCAGAAGCAGUGGGAAGAUGCAGAGAGGGAGAGGAAAUUAUGUAGAGAAUAGUUUCAGAUCUCAUGAACAUUCAGGUAAUGUGAACAGCACUCCAUCUAGACAGCUUUCAGAUUUUAACAAUCAAAAACCAUCAAAUGGUUUCGCAAGUCAGGGACAUCAAGAUAACAUAUUGGUAAUUGAUGUUAGCAACGAAUUAGUGGGAAAAGUUAUUGGAAAAGGUGGAAUAAAAAUCAGAGAAUUGCAAGAUGUGUCUGGAGCAAGAAUAAGGAUAAACCAAAAUAGUGCAUCAUUGUCAAAAACCCCUAUAGAAAUAAGUGGCACCCUCGCCCAGAGAGAAAAAGCUAAAAAGUUAAUUGAAGAUUUAACUAUUCAACCUGGUGACUUGCAAGCUUGGGCAGAUAAAUGUAAUAGAGAAUUUGCAGAAUCACGGCUAACAGCUCCACCAGUUGGAAUAAAUUGGGGUGAACUAAAGUUACAGGCAGAAGAGUAUGAGAUUAAAAAAUGGGCAGACUGUCCUGAUAUAAUAAAGAAGUUUUACAAGGAACAAAAUCAUAUUGCUAAAAUGACUGAAGAAAAAGUCUUAGAAAUUAGGGAGCUGAAGAACAAAAUCACUGUAUCAGACUUAAGCAAAACAAGUCGUAAAAUUCCAAAUCCUGUUCUUACAUUUGAUGAUGCUUUUUAUGAUUACCCGGAGAUACUUAGCACUAUUAAAAGUAACAACUUUACUGAGCCAUCUCCAAUUCAGUGUCAAGCUUGGCCUGUUUUACUUUCUGGUAUGGACUGUAUUGGAAUUGCUCAGACUGGAACUGGCAAAACAUUAGCAUUUCUUCUUCCAGCAUUUAUUCAUAUAGAUGGACAACCUAUACCACGAGAUAAGCGGGGUGGACCCUCAUGUUUAGUGCUGUCUCCUACCAGGGAGUUAGCUCAGCAAAUUGAGAUGGAAGUAAAAAAGUUUCAUUAUCGUGGAAUUCGAAGUGUUUGUAUUUAUGGAGGUGGAGACCGUAGUGCACAAAUUAAUCUUGUUCGACAGGGUGUUGAAAUUAUUAUAGGAACACCAGGAAGAUUAAAUGAUUUGUUAAUGAAUGGAUUUUUUUCGGUCAAAAGUGUCACAUAUUUAGUUCUUGAUGAAGCAGAUAGAAUGUUAGAUAUGGGCUUUGAACCUGAGAUAAAGAAGAUUUUAUUAGACAUCAGACCAGAUCGACAAACCAUCAUGACUAGUGCAACUUGGCCGCCGGGUGUGCAGAGAAUGGCUGACAAAUAUUUACGAGAUCCGAUACGAAUAAAUGUUGGAUCUCUUGAUUUACAAGCCUGUCAUAGUGUUUCUCAGCUUGUUGAAUUUAUAGAACAACAUGAGAAGCAGGAUAGGGUUAUGGACUUUAUAAGUGCUAUGGCACCUGAUGACAAGCUGAUUAUUUUUGUCGGUCGAAAAGUGACAGCUGAUGAUAUUUCUUCAAACCUUGCCAUGAAAGGGACUAAUAUUGGAAUUCAAUGUAUUCAUGGCGAUAGAGAUCAGUCUGAUCGAGAACAGGCACUUGAAGAUAUGAAAACAGGCGCUGCUCGUGUCCUGAUUGCUACAGAUGUAGCAUCUAGAGGACUUGAUAUCAAAGAUUUAACCCAUGUUUUAAACUAUGACUUUCCCCGCCACAUUGAAGAUUAUGUUCAUCGUAUUGGUAGAACAGGUCGUGCUGGUCGAUCUGGUUGUGCCCUAACAUUUGUCACUCGCGAAGAUUGGAUGCAUGUAGCAAAACUCAUUCCUAUCAUGGAAGAAGCCGGACAAGAAGUUCCUGAAGAACUUAUCGAAAUGGCUGAGCGAUGGAAGAAAACUCAAGAUAGAAGAGACGAAGAGAAAAGUGCAUACGGUGGCAGCAGAGGUGGUGGAGGUAAUGGUUGCUUUAAAUGUGGCGAAGAAGGUCAUUUUUCAAGAGAAUGUCCUAAAGAGAAGGGUCGAGGUGGCUUUAGAGGAGGAUCAAGAGGAGGUUCUCGACGAGGUGGUUCAGAUGAAUUAAAUCAUGGUUUUCAAGGUACUCGAGGUGGUAGGAGGAAAGAGCGAGAUGGAAUAACUAUUGGAGCUUGGGAUGCCGUUUGAAAUCAAAACUAAAAUAAAAUUUAAGUCAAUAAGCCAUGUCUACGGAUGCAAGUUUUAGGUUCAAAGAACGUUCAAAUUUUUGGCAGCAGUUAAAAAUUGUUUAAGAUGUUUCGAUUUGAAGAAUCGCACUGUAUAAACAGUUUUUGUGAUACAUUAAAUUACCAUUUAAAA